CAGGUGGUGCUGUUGCUUUUAGUUUCUUCUUCUUUUGUUAGUACCAGCCAAUGGGAAAGACUUACAUUAAAAACAUAGGAAGUGAUACCCACAUGUGAGUCGUGGUUGAAAGGGACAGAGAGGAGAAACUUGUUUGAAUCUGCAUCCAUCCUUCUUUGCUAUGUUGUUGAAAGCAUUGCUUUUUUACUCUGUUGACUUGUGGAUGUAAACAUCUUAUUAAAGAAGAUAAACGCUUGCCACUUGUCGAGGAGUUAUCUUUCUGCAUAUCUGUGCUCAUAACGACAGUGAGGGCAGAACAGUCAAAAAGCAGAUUCGUCUACAUCAUCAAAGUAUCAGGUGGAUACACACGUCAGUCUUCCCUAAGAAACUAAACAUGUCUCAGCCAUGAGAUAAUGAAUCAGUCCACACUCACGCAUCAAAAUCAUCAAAGGGUUCCAGUAAGUCAUCUGCCAGCUUGGCUGCGGUCAAUGCACGGGCUAGAGCGGAGGCAGCACGAGCCAGAGCGGCCUAUGCUCAAAAGGAAAUCGAAUUGAGAGUAAAACAAGCAGAACACAGAGUGGAAGAAACACGUCUGGAGGCUACAUUGGAAGCGCUUAAUCAGGAACCCGAUGCAGAGGCAGCUCUCACUGAAGCUAAUGUGUACAAGGCUGCGGCAAGCGAAAUAGAAGAAGACCGCAUAAGCGUUCGCUUCCCACAGACAUUUCACCCAUUAAAACGCACAAGCGAGUAUGUGAAUGACCAAUUUCUCCAAAAUGAGAAAUCAACUCCACAUGCAGCCCUGAAGCCUAACGAGGCUCCAACGGACUCCACAUUUAACCAACUCAAGCAGGAAGUUGAAAUGCCUGUCCCGAGAUCUCCAUACACGUUGCUGCCUUGCAAGAACAAUGCAAACGACAGAGCAUCUCAGCUACCUAAGAGCUUUGCAGUGCAUGAACAACCACAAUGGUCAAGUCCUCUGAUUCACCCACAAGAAACCUCAAGUAUUUCUGACCUUCCCAGAUUUCUAGCUAGAUGUGAGUUGCUCACUGGAGGUCUUACAAGGUUUAGCGACAAGCCAGGUGGGCCACUGGGCAUGGAAAUCCUCAUUUGAAAAUGUCAUCCAAGGUCUACAUCUAACAGCUAGUGAAGAGCUUGAAGUGGUUAGGCGACAAAUCCUCACAACAUGCAAAACGCCUCAGAGCAGUGCAUAUUAACUACCCUUCCCUCGGUCUGAACAAAGUGUGGGAGAGACUUCAAGAGUGUUAUGGAUCUCCUGAGGCCUUAGAAAAGGCUAUGUUUGAUAGGCUAGAACAGUUCCCCAGAAUUACCAACAAGGAGCCUCAUCUGCUACGGGACCUUGGUGACCUACUGUUAGAGAUUGACUCUGCUAAGAGCGAAGGACACAUAUCAGGAUUGCUGUACCUCGACACGGCACGUGGAAUCCAUCCCAUAGUGGAUGAACUUUCAUUUGGCCUGCAAGAGAAAUGGAUGACGCACGGAACGAGAUACAAACGCGAUUAUUCUGUGUCAUUCCCUCCAUUUUCGGUCUUUGCUACCUUCAUUAAAGAUGAGGCCAAAAUGAGAAAUGACCCCAGUUUCAUGUCUAUGGUUCCACCCACCUUCACGACCUUCAAAGCAGACAAGCAUCUGGAAAAACACGACAAAUCAAAAAUGCCUAUCACAGUCCACAGAACAGAAGUGGUUAGCUCCGAACAAACGCCAAGUGCUGAAAAAACCAUUACAGACCCAAGCAAAGAGUGUCCCAUCCACAAAAAACCUCAUCCACUCAAAAAAUGCAGGUUAUUCCGGGAGAAGUCUCUGGAAGAACGGAAGGCUUAUCUGAGACAAAAUCAGAUAUGUUUCCGAUGCUGUGUUUCUUCCAGCCAUCAAGCAAAGAACUGUAAGAUGGAAAUCCACUGUUCAGAAUGUGAAAGUAAUUCACAUAUCAGUGCUCUCCACGCUGGUCCUGCACCAUGGGCGACACACAGGUUUGCAGGACCUGCCUUUGAUCACGGCGGGGAGCAAGGCUCAGCUUCACCCAUUGCCACCUCUACAUGCACACAGGUGUGUGGAAAUAAGAUCGGUGGACACUCAUGUGCCAAGAUUUGCCUCGUUGUCUAUCCAAAGGAUCACUAUGACAAGCGACUCAGAGCUUAUGCUAUCUUGGACGAUCAGAGCAACAGGUCUCUGGCUAGAUCUUCCUUCUUCGAUAUCUUUGGGAUCGACAUAAACUCUACUCCAUACACUCUUAAGACAUGUGCAGGUGUUUCAAAGGUGACUGGGAGAAGAGCGAGUAAUUUCAUAGUGGAAUCAACAGAUGGCCAAUCCAGUCUGGCUUUGCCCACGCUUAUCGAAUGUGACAUGCUUCCUGACAAUCAAAAUGAAAUACCAACUCCUGAAGCCGCUCACUAUCAUCCACAUCUCAAGGACGUUGCUACAGAGAUCCCAGCAUUCGAUCCCAAGGCUGAUAUUCUGUUGCUACUUGGAAGAGAUGUUAUUCAGACCCACAAGGUGCUCGAGCAGCGCAACGGGCCCCUAAAUGCUCCAUUCGCACAGAAGUUAGCUCUGGGGUGGGUUAUUGUUGGUGAUGUCUGUCUUGGCGGGGCUCACAACCCCGGACAUGUAAAUGUUCUCAAGACAAACAUCUUGGAAAAUGGAAGACCAAGCUACUUCCUUCCAUGUCAAAACAGCAUGCAGGUAAAGGAAAGUUUUGAUUGCCAAGACCGCGACAGGAUGGACUCUAAGGCAGACACCAUGGGAGAUACAGUCUUUCAGUCUACUAGCGCAGACGAGAAACCUGCCUACUCCAUAGAAGAAAGAACCUUCCUGCAGAUAAUGGAGAAGGAAGUCUACCAAGACGACUCAAGCAGCUUGGUGGCUCCGUUGCCCUUCUGCUCUCCAAGACCACGUCUCCCCAACAACAAACAGCAAGCCAGUCAACGCCUCUUCUCAGUUUGUUGCACGCUGAAGAAGCAACCUGAAACAAGACAACACUUUGUGGACUUUAUGGAAAAUAUAUUUGUCAGCGGUCAUGCAGAACUGGCACCCCCACUCAAAGAACAUGAGGAAUGCUGGUAUCUUCCCUUCUUUGGGGUUUAUCACCCUCAUAAGCUAGAACAAAUCAGGGUGGUCUUCGACUCGAGCGCUCAACACCACGGAGUGUCUUUAAAUUAUGUCCUUCUCACAGGCCCUAAUCUCAACAACAGCCCGCUGGGUGUGCUUAUGCGGUUCCGCGAAGAGCGAGUGGCAGUAACUACUGAGAUCAAGCAGAUGUUCCAUUGCUUCUUGGUACGAGAAGAUCACAGGAACUUCUUACGCUUCCUUUGGCACCGGAACAACGACUUGGAGCAACCCAUAGUGGAGUAUCGCAUGAGAGUGCACGUCUUCGGGAACAGUCCAUCACCUGCCGUGGCAAACUACGCGCUCAGAAAGGCAUCCAAAGACCAAGAAGGAAGUGACUUUCAAUCGAAACAACUAGUUGAGCGUCACUUCUAUGUUGACGAUGGUCUCAUCUCAUUUCCAUCGGAAAAUGAGGCCGUUGCAGCUCUCAAGGCGGCCCAAGAAACGCUAGCUGCAUCCAACUUAAAGCUGCACAAGAUAGCUUUUAACAGCAUCGAAGUGAUGAAAGCCUUUCCAAAAGAGGAUCUUGCAAAAGGCUUAAAAGACCUCAAUGUUGAAGCAGACUUUCCACCCAUGUUACGAAGACUAGGAAUAAGCUGGGACGUUACAACUGACGAGUUCACCUUCCAUGUGUCCAGGGCAGUGAAACCUUACACUCGCAGAGGGGUGUUAUCGACCAUAAAUAGCCUCUACGACCCGCUUGGUUUUGCAGCUCCAGUCAGCAUUAAAGGUAGAGCCCUGCUAAGAGAGCUUACAACGGAGGCCUGCGAGUGGGAGGAACCCCUUCCUGAAAAGAAGCUUACAGACUGGUGUGAGUGGAAAGACUCUAUCAAAGAUCUGGAACACGUCCGCAUUCCAAGGACAUACACUGCCAUCUCCCUGAGCAGUUCAACACACAGGGAGCUUUCUGUGAUGCCUCUACAAAAGCCAUAGCAGCUGUAGCCUACAUUAAAGUAUCAGAUGCAGAAGGCAAAAGUAAACUUGGAUUUCUGUUCGGCAAGGCUAAGCUUGCGCCGCAACCAGAGGUGACAAUCCCCAGACUCAAACUUUGUGGGGCUGUUUUGGCGGUGGAAAUUGCAGACAAGCUAUCAGAGGAGAUGGAUGUCCAGUUUCAUUCUCUGCGGUUCUUCACCGACAGUAAAGUUGUCCUCGGUUACAUUCGCAAUGAAUCCAGAAGGUUCUAUGUCUACGUAAGCAACCGUGUGCAGAGAAUCAGAAAACAUCCCUACCAGAACAAUGGAGCUAUGUUCCCACAGACGCAAACCCGGCCGACAUUGGUUCAAGGUCUAUUCCUGCGAACGCCUUGAUGUCCAGCAUGUGGCUAAAGGGUCCAGACUUCCUGUUGAAGCCAAAACAGAAGGAGGGAGAUACCGAACCAUCCUUUGACCUGGUGAACCCAGAGUCUGACCCUGACAUCCGUCCUCCUGUGACGUCUUGUGCCACUCGGGUUGUGGAGUCUUCCUUGGAUCCGAGUCGUUUCAAAUCAUUCUCAACCUGGAGAUCGCUUGUGAGAACUAUAGCAAGGCUGAUCUACAUACCCAGGUCUUUCAAGCGAGAAAGAAAUAAGAGCAAAUGUCAGGGUUGGCACAUAUGCAAAGGUCUCUGCCCAGAAGAUCUCGCCAGGGCCAAGGAAAUCAUCAUACGCAGUCUUCAAUGCAAGGCCUUCCCCGAAGUGUUUGCAUGCAUACAAGCAGGAAAAGAGACCCCCAAACAGAGCCAGCUCACAAGGUUGUCUCCUUACCUGGACUAUGCAGGUUGCCUCAGAGUCGGCGGUCGUUUGUCAAAAGCUGAUAUUGUAAGUGACGAGAGAAACCCACUUAUCAUUCCUCAUGGUCAACACCUGACUACUCUACUUAUCAGACACUACCACCAAUAAGUCCAGCAUCAAGGGCGCCACUUCACAGAGGGUGCGGUGAGGUCAGCUGGCCUAUGGGUUAUUGGCGGAAAGCGGAGUAUAAGUUCCAUAAUUCACAGCUGUGUGACCUGUCGCAAGCUUCGAUGGAAAACCGAAACACAGAAGAUGGCUGACCUUCCCACGGAGCGCCUAAGCACCAGCCCACCAUUCUCCUACGUUGGAGUAGAUGUUUUCGGGCCUUGGACAGUAACUGCUCGAUGUACUCGUGGAGGCUGCGCCAACAGUAAACGGUGGGCAGUCAUUUUUAGCUGUAUGAGUGUCAGAGCCAUACACAUUGAAGUGAUCGAGUCAAUGGAGUCUUCCAGUUUCAUCAACGCGUUGCGGCGAUUCAUCUCCAUCCGCGGCCCAGUAAAGCAGUUGAGGUCUGACUGUGGGACCAACUUCCUAGGCGCAUGUAAAGAGUUUGGUAUCGACUCAAGACACUGCAAGACUUCUUGAGUGACAAAGGAUGCAUAUGGGUGUUUAACCCACCUCACGCUUCACACAUGGGUGGUAGCUGGGAGCGCAUGAUCGGCGUGACAAGACGUAUACUCGACUCAAUGCUUAUGGGCAUUCCAUCCCGGCAGCUGACCCAUGAAGCGCUAUCCACUUUCUUGGCAGAGGUGACAGCCAUUGUGAACACAAGACCUCUCAUCCCAGUGUCCACCGACCCAAGCUUUCCUAUCAUCUUAACACCAGCUACCCUCCUAACCCAGAAGGUUGGCAUUCCAUCAAUACCUCCUGGUGACUUCAAAGACAGUGACCUCUACAAACGCCAGUGGAAGCAGGUGCAACAUCUCGCAUACGCUUUCUGGCAUCGUUGGAAAAACCAAUACCUCUCUACCCUACAAGGCCGAAGGAAAUGGCAAUCGGAGAGACCUAACCUGCAAGAAGAGGACCUCGUGCUGCUGAAGGACAGUCAGGUCCAUCGGAAUCAAUGGCCAAUGGGCAUGGUGGUCAAAACCUUCCCCAGCCACAACGGACAGGUCAGGAAGAUAGAAGUCAAGGUUGCCUCUGGAGGAACAUAGAAGGUUUUCUUGAGGCCCAUAACGUACACUCCUUCCAAAACACUAAUGAUAAGAACAAUCAAAAGAAAAUGUUAUUGUGACAUCUCUUAGAUGUCAAGCGGGGAGUGUGCUGUCUAAGACGCUGUCUUACUCCAGCCAGCAGGUGGUGCUGUUGCUUUUUUUUCUUCUUCUUUUGUUAGUACCAGCCAAUGGGAAAGACUUACAUUAAAAACAUAGGACGUGAUACCCACAUGUGAGUCGUGGUUGAAAGGGACAGAGAGGAGAAACUUGUUUGAAUCUGCAUCCAUCCUUCUUUGCUAUGUUGUUGAAAGCAUUGCUUGUAAGUAUUUUUGGCUUUUGUACAUAUUCUUAAGAGGAUAUCAACGAUUAUUUUGAGGUUUCAAUGUUUAAGUUCAUUGAUGUUUGAUGUAUGGUUAGCACAUGUUUUGUAGUGUGUAUUACACAGCACUUUUGCAUGUAAACAUUUGA